CGCUCGGCCGCCUGAGAUCUGGGAAUCGGGCCUCUCUCGGCACCCUGGCAACGGCACGGGGCGUUGCUCCGGGCUGGAUUGGUGACGCCUGGGCCCCUCUGGCGCCUGCGCAGUGGUCAGAGCCGCGCUCGCGCCGAGGUUCUGCUGUGUGACCGCGGCUGCUCCACCGCGGACGCCGAGCCAUGGCGGAAGAGGAGCUGGAGGCGCUGAGGAGGCAGAGGCUGGCUGAGCUACAGGCCAAGCACGGGGAUCCUGGCGAUGCGGCCCAGCAGGAAGCAAAGCACAGGGAAGCAGAAAUGAGAAACAGUAUUUUAGCCCAAGUACUGGAUCAGUCAGCCCGGGCCAGGUUAAGUAACUUGGCACUUGUAAAGCCUGAAAAAACUAAAGCAGUAGAGAAUUAUCUUAUACAGAUGGCAAGAUAUGGACAAAUAAGUGAGAAGGUUUCAGAACAAGGUUUAAUAGAAAUCCUUAAAAAAGUAAGCCAGCAAACAGAAAAGACAACAACAGUGAAAUUCAACAGAAGAAAGGUAAUGGACUCUGAUGAAGAUGACGAUUAUUGAACUAAAAGUGCUUACAGACUAGAACUUAACAGAACAAUUCUAGGACAGAAGUUAAGAUCUGAUGACUUUGUUUAUUGUCUAUAGGCCUUUAAAAAAAAUAAACUUGUUAUGCAAAAUAAAA